AUGACAAGAGCGACAACCAUGAACUCCAAAGCCGUCAAUGAACACUAUGGUCGCAGCGACCUCUUAUAUCUUAAGAUUCAUCCACCGAAGAUUCUGGCUCUACUCUCAACGAAACCUUCAAGCCUCCAUGUGGAGCGUAUCGAGCAGGCUUCUCACAAUAAGUUGGAGGUUAUCUUCAAAGCUCUCGACCUCAAACCGGGGAUGACGGUGCUUGAUCUUGGUGGUGGAUGGGGUGGCGUAACGCAGUAUUGUGGUGCGAGAGGUGUGCACGUUACGACCUUGACACUGACAACUGACUCAGCGCGCUUUACUUGA